AUGGAAGAUAAAGGUAUUGCUCCCAUCAAGAAGGCUACCAUAAAGCCAGAGGGUUCUUCAGAACCUUCUUCCCAUGUCCUUCUCUCUCUUCCUACUUCCAUCGUCUGCCUCUCAACUAAAAACCCCUCUGGCUACGAAUGCGAAGAGUCUUUACUGAAAACCCCUCCGGCUACGGCCACGAAGAGUCUCGGUGGCUCAGGGAAGAGCAGAGGAGGAUUCGCUUGGAGCAAAUAUGGCUUCGUGAGGAAGAACGCUGGAUACGCGAGCGUCAAACCUUCUGCAAGAGAUAGUGGAUCUCCAGCUCCCAAUCGAAACUCUAGAAUCUCGAACAGCAGGGGACAUAUCGAACAUACUUGCUGUGCUUCAGGUUCUCAAGGAGAAGAAUCAGAUUUCAGAGAGUGGAUCAAGCGCAAUGCCGAUGGUGUUGGAGAAUACGAGAGAACUCGAGGAGGAGGAGGAAGAAGAAGAAGAGGCAGUGGUGGUGGAGAAGCGGGUGGUUGCUUAGGAAAAAGUUAG